CCGGAGGAGCUGCGGUCUGUCGCGGGGGCUGGUGCCGGCGGGCUCGAAUCCGCCAUGGAGCCGGUGACCAGGUGGAGCCCGAAGCAAGUGGUGGACUGGACUAAGGGCCUGGAUGACUGCCUGCAGCAGUAUGUUCAUAAAUUUGAACGGGAGAAGAUAAAUGGUGAACAGCUAUUACAGAUUUCUCACCAGGACCUUGAAGACUUGGGCAUCUCACGGAUUGGACACCAGGAACUGGUUCUAGAGGCUGUGGAUCUCCUGUGUGCACUGAACUAUGGCCUUGAAACAGACAAUAUGAAGAACCUGGUUCUCAAGCUGCGAGGCUCAUCCAACAAUCUGCAAAACUACAUCAGUAGCCGUAGGAAAAGUUCAAAUUAUGAUGGAAAUACAUCUCGCAAGCCCCCCAAUGAAUUCCUUACUUCUGUUGUAGAACUCAUUGGUGCUGCUAAAGCCUUGCUUGCAUGGUUGGACAGGACCCCAUUUACUGGUAUUGCUGACUUUUCAUCAAUGAAGAACAGAAUCAUUCAGCUCUGCUUGGACCUCACUACUACUGUUCAAAAGGAUUGCACUGUGGCUGACAUGGAAGAUAAAGUCCAGACUGUGGCCAAGACUUUAAAUGGCAUUUGUGAUAAAGCCAUCCGAUCAACUACAGACCCACUGAUGAGCCAGUGUGCAUGUCUGGAGGAAGUCCACUUAACCAACAUUAAACCUGGGGAAGGCCUGGGAAUGUACAUCAAAUCAACUUAUGAUGGAUUGCAUGUAAUUACUGGAACUACAGAAAAUUCCCCUGCUGAUCGCUCCCAGAAGAUUCACGCUGGUGAUGAAGUGAUCCAGGUUAAUCAGCAAACUGUGGUUGGAUGGCAACUAAAAAAUCUGGUGGCAAAAUUGCGAGAGAAUCCUGCUGGAGUUAGGCUGCUGCUUAAGAAACGUCCUAGUGGCUCUUUUCAUUUUACUCCUGCUCCACUGAAGAACCUGCGCUGGAAACCACCCUUGGUGCAGACCAGUCCUCCACCAGCUUCAACUCAGUCACCAGAAAGCACUGUGGAUACCUCCCUGAAGAAAGAGAAGCCAGCCAUUUUGGAUCUGUACAUACCCCCUCCACCAGCUGUUCCAUAUUCUCCUCGGGAUGAAAAGGGGAGCUUUGUGUGUGGAGGAGGCAACAAACGCAGUCAGCCACUACCUGGGUCCAAGGGCGCUGAGUCUCCCAAUUCUUUCCUGGAUCAGGAAAGCCGAAGGCGAAGGUUUACUAUUGCUGAUUCAGAUCAGCUGCCAGGGUAUCCCGUGGAAGUAAAUAUCCUACCAGCCAAGAUGAGAGAAAAAACACAGUCCUACGGAAAACCUCGUCCUUUGUCAAUGCCUGCUGAUGGAAGCUGGAUAGGAGCUGCAGAACCCUUCUCUAGGCCACGAGGAUCAGGCAGAAAAGGUGAAGAUGUCCUCUGCAGGUACUUCAGCAAUGAAAGGAUACCCCCAAUCAUUGAGGAAAGCCCCUCCACACAGCACCCACUCUCCAGGCCAGUGUCUGACAAGCAGUUAGCGAGGGGAAUGGAUUAUAUUCGAGGCAGCAGGUGUUUCAUGAAUACAGACCUCCACAACAGUGCAACAAUUCCUUUUCAAGAGGAAGGUGCUAAAAAAUCGUCAGUUACAUCAUCCACAAAAUCUUCCUCGUCAGAGCCCUCGCUGCGGGUCAGUUUGAUCACAAGACUGAAAUUGUUGACUCGUUGA